AUGUCCACCAACGGAUAUGAGAACUGCGUCGCGGGGACUUUCUACGGGUUCACUAAUAGCAAGAACAACAACUUUUAUCCCGGACACACGUUUGAUCUACAAUGGGGCGCAAUUGACCACGGGAAGACGUCUCUGAAUAUCUCCCUGGCACGGAAAGGGGGCGCGUUGCUGGAUCAGAUUGUCGUUGGUGCUGCAUUCACCACAUCGAGCAAUCUCUACCGCCUCGUUACGAAUAAAACCGCCAACUGCACCCUCGAGCAAUAUACCUGGGCCAUCCCCUCGGAUUUCAACACCACCAACCCGCAGUACCAGAUCGGCCUGUUCGAUGCGUCAGCAAAACUUGGCACAGGCGGUAAUGACCUAUACGGCUGGCGAGCCUGGAGCCCGUUCUUCUACGUCAGAGACAAAGCAAGUGCGACUGCGACAAGUACAUCGACCAGUGCUUUGUUGACCGGAACCGGCGAGGCGACACCAACGGCCUCUGCGACAGCCUCUGCGACAGCCUCUGCGACAACAUCUGCGACAACAUCUGCCACGCCUGUACCGACCGCGGAGCAGAGCGACUCGUCGAGUUCGAAGACGAUCGGGAUCGGCGUUGGGGUCGGUGUCGGGGGUGCAGCUCUGAUUUUGCUGGUUGUGUUGGCGGUGAUUUUUAUGCGCCGGCGCCGAAGGAAGUACACGCGGACACAGGGAGAGCCGAGCCCCGGGGAGCGGGAGCCAGAACCAACAGAAACUUCGACUAUGCCAGCGGAAUUGUCUGGCCAUGAGUUACCACAGAGGAAGAUAGACCCGGGGGCGACUAGAUUAUAUGAGAUGCCGGGAUAA